AUGUCUGAUCAAAAAAGGAAAAGCACAGGUCGCAAAAAGAUUGAGAUCAAGAAACUUGAUAAAGAAUCUAACAAACAAGUCACAUUCUCAAAAAGAAGACAAGGUUUAUUCAAAAAAGCUAGUGAACUUUGUAUUCUAUGUGAUGUUCAUGCAUCCAUCAUUGUUUUUUCCGGUGCUCAUAAGCUCUUCAGUUUCGGUCACCCCGAUACCGACACAAUUAUCAACAGUUAUGUCAACGGAUCUCUCGAGUUUGAGGGAUUAAAGUCAGAAGAAAGUUGUUCAAUUUACGAAAAGUAUAAUAAACAAUAUGAACAAGUGUUGAAUGUGUUGGAGAUGGAGAAGAAGGAACUUGUGGAAGUGAAGAAAUUGGCUAGGGUUUCGAAAAUAGGUGCUUGGUGGAAUGAAGAUAUUGAUACUAUGAGUAUGGAUGAACUUCAACAAUUCAUGGUUUCUGUUUAUGAGUUUAGAGGUAAGCUUUUUGAAAGGGAUCAUCAACGAAUGGUGGAGUUUGCCAUGUUGGAGAAUUUUUAG